AUGAGCGGCGAAUCGCUCAUCUGCACUGUGAGCGUGGCACGACAGGACAGGAUCUGGAUUCCACGGGACGGUCUCUGCAACUUCUUGUUCUACGACUCGCUCUACCGCCCCCAAGGCGACACUCUGAUGAAGUCGCCCGGCCCCCAGCUACUCAAGUUUUUGAAUGCCGCCACCAUUUCCAGAGAAACGGACCACGGCUGCUCCGUGGACAUUGACAACGUUCGAGCCUUCAGCGAUCACCUUCUCGAGAAGACGGGGAAGAAGAGAAUUAAGGAAAUGGCGAAACAGAAGGUCAUCGACUACGGCUUCCUAACGUUGGAUCAUUCCAGGUCGUCCGUACCAAGCAUCGAAGAAGCUCUGAGUGCCCUCAAGGAUGUGACGGAAAUAAUCAAGAAGGUGACUGGCAAGACAGGCGUCACGGUUCUGGGCAUCUACAGCAAGCUGAAGACCAGUUGCCAGACAAUUUCCGAUAUAAUCGGGCAAGAGUUCAAACCGUCGGCAAUAGUAAUCUUGGGCCACAUCUCCUACCCCGAUCGGCACGCGCACGGGUGCCACAUCCUGCCGCCAAAUCUGUAUGGCGUUCCGCGAGAUAUGCUGCAAAAGAUAGGCUACGGCCACUUAUUCGGUUCUGACCGCCGCACCGAGUUGUACCUCUCAAUCCUGUCAAUAAACACCUUGACAUUUGGUGGAAGCUCGGUGAUGUCUCAAGAGAUUUCCAGGUUGUUUUUUGAGUGGAAGGACAGCAAGAACACAGAUAUUGGCCUCGCCUCGCAGGAAGACGGUGUGGCCCUGGGCCGGUGCGUCGAGCAGAAAAUUGAGUUCACGGCUAAAAUACCCGUGAAGGUCUCGCUGACUCUCAAGGGGCGCCGCUACAAAGCUAAGCCGGAAGGAGACCCAUCAUAUGUCGGCAUCCGAAACUUCGAUCUGCUCCGCAAAUGCGGUCGGGCUAAGCGAGAUCCGAAAUACGAGCAAGACGCUCCAGCAGUCAGGGUUUGCGGACGAUCCGAGGAGUAUAAGCAACACAUAAACUUCAGUGAGCAAUACCAGAGCGUCGUCACGUACGACAAGCACAAGGGAUACACGAUCACCUUCGACAAUGACGACUCCCUUCGUAAAAAAGUCUGCGACGCCCGAGCGUCGCACGGUUCGUUCUCUCUCGCCGCGUACGACGUCAACUACGACCAAGGCAAAAACUCUUGUCCUAAGUGGGGCGCCAAAGGCCACUACUCUCGGCUCAAUCUCGUCCGCCAGCUGAACUCUUUCAUGCGAGGCGAGAACACCAGUAAAGGCACCCAAUGUGACAGCGACAAUGACAUCACGCGGUGACCUGGAAGCGAACUUAGUGUGUCAGCUACUUGUAGUCAACUUACGGGUUGCGUUACUACUCGCAGAAGACUC